AUGGAAUUAUUUACAUUAACAACUAAUAUAACCAUAAUUGAUAUGGAAUGGUUUAUAUAUCCAGUUGGUUUAUUUCUCUUCCUGUUAUGUUUAUUUACAAUUGUCGGUAAUAUGCUCAUCAUCUAUGUUAUUAUCCAUGAAUCGACAUUACAUACAUCGAAAUAUUAUUAUAUUGCAUCAUUAGCAUUUGCUGAUCUGAUCGUAGGUUUGAUCGUUAUGCCAUUUGCUUUUAUUUUUACCUUAAUCGAUGAUGAAUAUUGGUUGAUUUCACGAUAUCUAAGAUUUCUUUGUGAUUUUUGGCAUGCCGUUGAUAUCUUUGCAUCAACAGCAUCUAUUCUUGGACUAUGCACUAUUGGAAUAGAUCGAUAUAUAACAAUUAAAAAACCUAUUCAACAUCCAAAUUCAUUCAUAUCAAAACGAUGGUAUUUGAUGUUGUCAUUCAUCUGGAUAUGUUCAGCGUUGAUAUCAUUUCCAGCAAUCAUCUAUUGGGGAACGAAACAUUCUGUUUCUGAUAAAUCAAUAAUGUCAAACGAUACACUAGUAGUAUCAUCAUCACUACUCGAACAAUGCGGUAUGCCCAACAAUUCCUACUAUAUCCUGUUUUCAUCUAUAGCAUCAUUUUAUAUACCGUCAGUAUUGAUGAUUUACGUUUAUAUUAAAAUAUAUUUGGCAGCGAAAAAUCAAACAGUUGCAAUUCAUUCUGGUUACAUACGUCAUCAUCAUCUUAUUAAAUUUCAUUGCAGAAAACCAUUAACUAACGAAAAUUCAGAAAUAACGACAGCUGAUAGAAAUUCUCCUAUGGAAAGAUCAGAUCUCUCAUUAGGAGAUCAUGAAUUAUCGAAUGAUACAAUUACUGUUCGUAUUCAUCGUGGUACAUAUCAAAAACCUACGACUGAAUCGCACCAUCAGGAUAAUAUCCAUAAGGCUACUUCACGAAAAUCGAAACGAACAAAAAGAAUUUGGCGAAUGUUAUCAAACACUCCAAAGGCAACAAGAUUCGUCGGUAUUGUUAUGGGUACAUUUCUUAUUUGUUGGCUACCUUAUUUCAUCUAUCUUGUGCUAAGUGGUGCUUUUGGUGUACGUUUGAAAGAUGAUCAACAUCAUGAAGUAUUGUACAAUAUUUUGUCAUGGUUUGGUUAUUCCAACUCUGCAUUAGACAUUGUAGUUUAUGUUUUCACUUCAACAGAACUACGAACAAUCUUUACGCAAUUAUUUUUUCAUUCAUAUUGUAGCAAUAGAAUCACUUCAUAA